GCACAGUCUGGCCUUCUAGAGUGCUGUGUCUGAAGGCUAGACAGCCUAAUGGUCACUUCAGUGCUCUGAAUGUGGCCACCUGGGCCUCUGCCAGCUGUGCCUUCUCCACAGCUAUCCUCUGCCCUGGGACCCUGGCCGCCCCUCUGUCCCAGCAGAGGCCAUGGCUACGUGGGGUCAGCGCAUCCUCAACGGUUGCUUGGGGAAGUGGGCCCGAGGAGCAGGGCUGGUGGACCCAGCGUUUCCCCAAGAGACCCGCCAGGAGGCGAGGGAGGGGGUGGGAAGGACGACUGGCGAUCUCUCUGGCUCCCCUUCAGCUGGAACUACAAGACCCAGAAGGCUUCGCGUCAGGGGGCAUUAGUCCCUGACCUCAGGGACGGAAACUGGUUGCAUAGCAACGGCAAACCCGUCGGGUUGCAGCAGCAGGCGGCAAAACUAACUAGGGGCGGCGACUGCAGCAUGUGCGAGGGCCCGUCUCGCAUCUCGGGGCCCAUCCCCCCAGACCCUACGCUUUGCCCUGAUUACUACCGGCGGCCGGCCUCGGCCCAAGGGCGUCUUGAGGGAAACGCGCUGAAACUGGACCUGCUGACCUCUGACCUGGACCUAGACACCACCCCUCCCCGCGGUCCCCGCAUCCGUCCCGGAGCCCGAGAGAUCCUGGAGCGGGGCCGGCGCAGCGUCGGGGGCGUUCUGCUGCAACUCGAGGGCAUCUGCCUAGGUUCAGGGGCCUCUCCCAAGAGGAAGGACCCUAAAGACCAUGAGAAGGAGAACCUGAGGCGAAUCAAGGAGAUCCAGAGACGCUUCCGCGAGCAGGAGCACACCCGGGAGAAGGGCCAGCCCAGGCCUCUGAAAGCUCUCUGGCGCUCACCCAAGUAUGACAAAGUGGAGUCCCGGGUCAAGGCCCAGCUGCAGGAGCCCAGCCCUGCCUCUGGAACAGAGCCUGCCCACUUCCUACGGGCACACUCCCGCUGUGGCCCUGGGCUUCCACCACCCCGUGUCUCCAAUACCCAGCUAACCCUACCAGGUCCAAAUGCUAAGGGGCCAAGCCUAGGUGUGGACUUCAUUAGCCACAAUGCCCGCUAUGCCAAGAGGGCCCCGCGGAGGCAUUCCCGUUCGCUGCAGGUCCUGGCACAGGUGCUUGAGCAGAAACAGCAAGCCCAGGAGCACUACAAUGCCACACAGAAGGGCCAUGUGCCCCAUUACUUGUUGGAGCGCAGGGAUUUGUGGCGGCGGGAGGCUGAGGCCCGCCAGCAUGGCCAGCCAGACCCUGCUGUACCACCUGGCCACACUCGCAUGCCUGAGAACCAGAGGCUGGAGACACUGAACAAUCUGCUCCAGAGCCAGAGCCAACUGCUGCGUGAACUGGUGCUGCUGCCUGCUGGGGCCAACUCACUGAGGGCCCAGGGCCACCGUGCUGAGCUGGACCAGAAGCUGAUGCAAGUAGAAGAGGCCAUCAAGAUCUUUUCCCGCCCCAAGGUCUUCGUGAAGAUGGAUGCCUGAGCCCUUUUUAUGGGGGUAGUGGUGAGGGUCCUCAUGGAGGAUCACCACAUGGCUGCAAAGGACAGGGUCUGGCCUCAUGAUAGAGUGGAGUCCGAAGACAGGAGCAGUGGGUGAGCAGUAUCCCCAGAGCACUCUGCCCAGCCACUGGUGGCUGUGAAAGGGCCAUCACAGCCUCUUAACUCCAUUGUCAAAAUUAAACCUUUUGUAUAGUGGGA